CGCCUAUAAAGCGGCAGUCGCGGAUGUGGUUGCGCGCCCGAUGUUGUGAAAGGUCCCUUCUUUUCCCGCAAGAUGGCGAUGCUGGCGGAACCACGUCGCAAACUGAAAUGGUCUGUGGAUCCCCGGAAUAGUGCUUGGAGUAAAGAUGAAUCAAAAUUUGGACAGAAGAUGUUGGAAAAAAUGGGAUGGUCAAAAGGCAAGGGGCUUGGGGCUCAAGAACAAGGCAGCACAGAGCAUAUUAAGGUUCAGAUGAAGAAUAACACAUUGGGAUUGGGAGCGUCUGUGAGCCAGGAGGACAACUGGAUUGCUCACCAAGAUGAUUUCAAUCAGCUUUUGGCAGAGUUGAAUAACUCUUAUACACAAGAUGACCCAGAAUCCACUUGCAAAAAUAGAAAGAAAACUUUUAACCUCGAGGAAAAAUCCAAGAUCUCUAAAAAACGAGUUCACUAUGUGAAAUUUGCCAAAGGAAAAGAUCUCUCUUCACGGAGCGAAGAUGACCUAUCCUGUAUUUUUGGGAAACGCAAAGUCAAAAAAAUACAAGUUGAUGCUCCUAGCACAGGCUUUGUAGAGGAAGAUUCAAAAGAAGCUAUUGUGCCACCUGACCAAGUAGAUGGGAGCAAUACUGUAACCAGCACUCUUACUGUGCAGGAAUAUUUUGCCAAGUGCAUGACAAAACUGAAGAAAACUCAAAAUUGCACCAAAGUAGAGCCAGGUAAUUCUCCUCCAGUGAUGGUUGAGAAAUUGGAGUGUUUGGAAUCCCAGACAAAGAAGAAAAAAAGACAUAAACAUGCACAGGAUGAGGCUGGAGAACCAAAGAUUAUCUGCACUGGGAUAGUAGAUUCAAGUAGAGAUGAAGUGGAUACCCAGAAAAAGAAAAAGAGAAAGAAAUCUAAACAUCUGGACAGCAGUAAUGAUCUUAUUUAUAGUGAAUCUCAAAUUGGUUCUCAAAACCAAAAAGCAAGACAAUGUUCCUUUGAAACAUCUAAGGAAGAGAAUAAUGAUUUAGGAGAGCAAAAAUCAAAGAGAAAGAAAAAGAGCAAAAAAUUAGACUGAGAUGUAACUGAAGAUGUAGAAUGCAUAAAGAAAAAAUGUUCCAGUUGAUAUAAAUUUUAAUGUUUAAUUUCAUUGAAAUAUACCUAGAUUUCCAAAUUUACCCAAAUAAAUAAGCAACAUUUUAUAAAA